AUGUGUCGGAUUGAAGGGGGCGCUACGCACUCCCAGGCUGGUCCUGGUCCUUGCCACUUGACCGUUUCUCUGCGUUCCGACUGGGCGUGCGCAAACGUAGAUGCCGGGAAAUGGGACUUUGAACUGGUGUCCUCCCUCUCACACUUCCCCAUUCCCCAGUUCCCAGUUCUUCAAUCAGAAUCCGCAGUCCAUCCUCAUCGCCAUCGUUCGUCAUUAUCUUCGCAAUCGCACCCCGUACCCCGUACCCCGUACCUCAUUCUCGUUUAUAAACCGUGUAUCCCCGCCAGAGCUGUCGUCCACAAUUGUACGACGCUGCGGCGCGCAGGACGGGUUCGGGUUGUGCUGCCGUGUAUGGGGGAAGGCCCAGAAGUCAGAAGUCAGAAGGUGCGGUUCCGCGAGGCCCUGCAUGUCCCUGCCAGCUGGGGCGAGGAGCAGCGCAGAGGAGCGCGAGUAGAUCGUCUCGCCGGGUUAUGGUGUGGCGGUGUUGCGCAAAGAUGGCAGGGACGGUGUGUCUGCGCUAUUCUGCGCCCGUCGAAAGGCGGCACAGGCGGCACAGCGUGGGGGCCGCCGCGAACGCCGAACAAAGGUGCACGCGGGUGGGUCGCGUUUUUGGUCGGGGGAUUCUGGCAGCGCAUGGACCGUGCGCCGGCGGCGGAGGAUUCUGCAGUCGCAGUGGGGGCGGGGUAG